ACACUACAAUUUUCGUGUUGCGCUUUUGUAUAAACAUCAGGGACAGACAUCAUUUAACGUCGCGGGAUGACGUCCCAAAGCGUAAAGAGUUGUCUGCUUCUGCCUUUGUGCAUAGUCGUUGUUUUGGAACUUUUGGUGUGUGUAUGAAAGCUCGGCGUCAGUACUUUGAAAGAUUUUGACAUACGUAACUUAAUUCUGCUUCCAUGUAAUGGGAGACAUCACGGUGAAAUGUCCAGCUCGCUUGAAGCUCGAAAGCUGGCUAAACAAGAGUAUGAAGAUCGAAAUGAGCGACGGAAGGACCUUAAUUGGAACGUUUGUGUGCACAGACAGAGACCAGAAUGUCAUCCUUGGAUCGUGUUCCGAGUACCUGAAGCCAGAAGAGAAUGGCAACACGGUGGAGCCGAGAAUUCUAGGACUUGCCAUGAUACCGGGGCAUCAUAUUGUUUCCAUACACGUUGACGAAACGACAGCAGACAACGAAACGUACGAGAACUGAACGGGUUUAAUUUAUUCGAGUUAUCGUUGAACACGAAGCUCGGUACUUCGGGGUGACGUUUUGUAUACAGAAAUGUAAUAUACCAAGAAAAAACAAACAAACAUAUUUUGAUUAAAAAAUCUGAUUAUCUGAUUUCA